AAAGGUGCAAAAGCUUGCGUUUUGAUUGGAUUUAAAAGGAAUAUAACAAAACAGAGUCAACCAUGAACUUCUCACCAUUUGGAACCCAUUUUCCUGGAACCAUUCCGGGAAUACAUCAGUUCGCCAGUAGUGGUCUGGUUACUAGCGUACCUUCGUCAUCUCACGACACGAACAAUCGAUAUCACAGCAUAAAUUCUAAUGUGAGUAUGGCACAUUUCAACCAGUCACACGCACCAAUUCUUGGGAAAUUUCGUCCGGAGGAUACAACAAACGUGAUUAAUCCGAACAAGUACAACGGCCACAACAAUAGCACAACAAUCACAACUACCAGCGGUCAGUAUACGAUUCCGUAUAGCCAACACUCAGAAGUAAACGACCACAAGCAGCGAAAUAUGUACCACCAGACAUCGACUGGUAUCACAGCCGGUACAACCGCUCAGUCUUCCCAGGAGAUCACCCAAGAUCUGAGUGCAUUGCUACAACAGGCGGAUAGCAAACGUGUCCUCCAAAACCCCAGUUGGCAAUCGUUAGCACCUGGAACUUCCGUUGCCGAUUAUUUAUCGCAUUUGCCAGGGACAGCUCUACCACUAUCGCUACACCAUUUCCUCAAAUACUCGGCUGAAAAUAUUAAGAAGGAAACGCAAAAUCCAUUGUCCACCAUCGAUAUGGGCCAGACUCAGACGCAGAAUUUAAACACUAACAAUGGUCAACAUUCCAACGGGAUGAUUUUACCGGCAUCACAAACGAUCGCUAGUAUCUUAGGACAUCAAAACACAAGUAUUCAACAACAGCAGCAACAACAGCAUUCCAGUCAGCAAGGUCCCGCUACAAGUUCCGGUACUGUCAAUGGAUCGAACAAUACUGCUGGGGUGGGUGAUACUGGUAAAAAGAAGAAAAAGAAGAAGAAGAAGCCACCAAAGGAACGCAAGCCACGUCCCAAGCCCGGCGAGAUUCAAGUACGCACAGCAUUGGAUGGUAGUCUCCUGUUCUUGUGUCCAGAAUGUCAAAUGGCGUAUCCUGAGCGAGAACUAUUGGAGCAACAUCUAAUCGGGCACAACUUAGAACGUCGUUUUAUUUGCGAUAUCUGCAACGCUGCUUUGAAACGAAAAGAUCACCUCACUCGCCACAAGCAGAGUCACAACCCAGAAAGACCAUUCGUUUGUACAAUUUGCCUGAAGGCUUUCAAACGCAAGGAACAAUUAACCCUGCAUAUAGUUAUUCAUUCGGGAGAGAAGCGACAUAUCUGCCAGGAAUGUGGCAAAGGUUUCUAUCGAAAGGAUCAUCUCCGUAAACAUACCCGGUCUCAUAUUGCACGCCGACUGAAGGCAGAAUUGCAGGCACAGCAGGGUGCUGCCGAAGGUACAUCGACCGGAGGAUCGUCACGAGCCAAUAGCAAUAAUCAAGCUAAUCAAAACCAGCAAAACACAGCCCAACAGCAACAAGUUCCACAACAAGCACAACUGCAGCUGCAACCCCAGAGCACAAAUCAGUUGCAACCUCCUCAGUAUCACCCUAUUCCACCGGCUUCACAAAUGAUGUCCUAA